UCCUUGUGAAUAUAUCUUGAUUAUUAGUUUGGGUUAGCUAUAUAUUCUUUUCUUCACAUUGCUGAACAAGUGUCAGGCUUGUUAGUCUUCACUUUUGCUACCAAAACCUACUGGUUUUUCUUGUUGAGCCAGACAAAAGCAGUGAGUGAGUGCACUAUUGGCAUGUAAUAUACAUUGUCCACAUAUAUUAUUACAUAACACAAAGAGAAACCCUUUUGAAAUUGUUUGUUUUGAAUCCAUCAAAACGACUCCUCACCUGCUUCUUCCAUUGCCAAAGAUUGUUCUGGUUUUGAAACUCCUUAACUCUUAAUGGAAACAAGAAGAGAAAAUGCUGUUUUAUGUUGUGUGGCUUUGUUCAGCUUCUGGGCCUCAUCAAGUGCUUUGCUUUCUCCCAAAGGUGUCAACUUUGAAGUGCAAGCUUUGAUGGGUAUCAAAGCUUCUUUGGAAGAUCCUCAUGGUGUGCUAGAUAAUUGGGAUAGUGAUGCAGCUGAUCCAUGUAGCUGGGAUAUGGUCACUUGUUCAGAUGAUAAGCUUGUUAUUGGCCUAGGAACUCCAAGCCAGAACCUAUCCGGUAUUCUUUCGCCGAACAUUGGGAACUUGAUAAAUCUCCAGAUUGUGCUCUUGCAGAAUAACAACAUAUCUGGGCGAAUUCCUCCUGAGCUUGGGAGGCUACCAAAGCUACAAACACUUGAUCUUUCUAACAACUUCUUCACCGGUGAAAUUCCCCCUUUUCUAGCCCACCUGAAAAGCCUCCAAUACUUGAGGUUAAACAAUAACAGCCUCUCAGGAGCAAUUCCUUCACCUUUGGCUAACAUGACUCAGCUAGCAUUCUUGGACUUGUCUUUCAACAAUUUCAGUGCUCCUGUGCCAAGGCUUCUUGCCAAAACAUUCAACCUUCUCGGAAACCAGAUGAUAUGUGCAACGGGGAAAGAGCAAGACUGCAAUGGAACAACAGCGAUGCCACUUUCCUACUCCUUCAAUAAUGCACAUAACUCUGAAACUUCUAGAAGGCUAAAUGAUAAAAAAAUAGCCUUAGCAAUUGGAACAAGCCUUGGGAGUGUCUGCAUACUAAUUCUAGGGUUUGGGUUUCUUCUCUGGUGGAGACGACGACACAACCAACAAAUGUUCUUCAAUGUUAACGAGCAACAUCAUGGAGAAGUAUUGCUUGGAAACUUGAAGAGGUUCCAAUUCAGAGAACUUCAAAUUGCCACAAACAACUUUAGCAGCAAGAACAUAAUUGGGAAGGGUGGUUUUGGGAAUGUGUACAAAGGGUACAUCCAAGAUGGGACUGUUGUCGCCGUAAAAAGGCUCAAAGAUGGAAAUGCUGUUGGUGGGGAGAUCCAAUUUCAAACUGAAGUCGAGAUGAUCAGCCUUGCAGUUCACCGGAACCUCCUCAGGCUCUAUGGGUUUUGUAUGACUGCAACAGAAAGGCUUCUGGUUUAUCCCUACAUGUCCAAUGGGAGCGUUGCUUCGCGCCUCAAAGCCAAACCAGCCUUGGAUUGGGGUACUAGAAAAAGCAUUGCCUUGGGUGCUGCAAGGGGUUUGCUAUACCUGCAUGAGCAAUGCGACCCCAAGAUCAUUCACCGCGAUGUCAAGGCUGCAAAUAUAUUGCUUGAUGAGUACUGUGAGCCAGUGGUAGGAGAUUUUGGAUGGGCAAAGCUUUUGGAUCACCAGGAUUCACACAUUACGACAGCUGUUAGAGGAACUGUGGGGCAUAUAGCUCCAGAGUACCUCUCGACAGGCCAGUCGUCAGAGAAAACAGACGUUUUCGGGUUUGGAAUUCUUCUACUUGAAUUGAUCACGGGUCAAAGAGCACUUGAGCUUGGGAAAACAGCAAACCAGAAAGGCGCUAUGCUUGAUUGGGUUACAAAAAUUCAUCAAGAAAAGAAACUUGAUACAUUGGUUGACAAGGAUCUGGAAAACAACUAUGAUAGAAUUGAGCUCGAAGAAAUGGUAAGAGUGGCUCUCCUAUGUACCCAGUAUCUUUCAAGUCAUAGGCCCAAAAUGUCUGAAGUAGUUCGAAUGCUUGAGGGAGAUGGGCUUGUGGAGAAAUGGGAAGCUUCCCAGAGAGCCGAGGCAAUGAGGAGUAGAGCAAAUGAAUUAUCUUCUUCAGAGCGAUACUCUGAUCUAACCGAUGACUCCUCGUUGCUUGUCCAAGCAAUGGAGCUCUCAGGACCACGAAGAAUUUCAAAGUGAAUUGUCAAAGACCCCAUUACCUUCUGUGAGUCUAGUUUGGUGCUGAGGGUAUUGUUAAUAGCAUCAUAGGCAGGUAUGGUGGAUCUCUUACUUUGUUUGGAUUGAAAGUUGUCUCUCAUCAGAAAAAUUU